GGAUUUCCAGACGGCCUAUAAUUAGAGAAACGUCGGAGUCGACCUGGUGUUUAAAUGGCGAAAACAUACGAUUAUCUAUUCAAACUGUUGCUCAUCGGAGACAGUGGAGUCGGCAAGACAUGUCUGCUGUUCAGAUUCAGCGAGGACUCCUUCAACACCACCUUCAUAUCCACAAUAGGGAUAGACUUCAAAAUCAGAACAAUAGAGCUGGAUGGAAAGAGAGUCAAACUUCAAAUUUGGGACACAGCAGGGCAGGAGAGGUUUCGCACCAUCACCACAGCUUACUACAGAGGAGCAAUGGGAAUAAUGUUGGUCUAUGACAUCAGCAAUGAGAAGUCCUUCGAAAACAUAAAAAACUGGAUUAGAAAUAUUGAAGAGCAUGCCUCGUCUGAUGUGGAGAAGGUGAUACUGGGUAACAAAUGUGACAUGGCAGACAGGAGACAAGUGUCCAAAGACAGAGGUGAAAAACUGGCUAUUGAUUAUGGAGUUAAGUUCUUGGAAACAAGUGCAAAGUCUGGCCUUAAUGUAGAAGAGGCUUUUUAUAACAUGGGAAGAGACAUAUUACAUAAUCUGAGCUCAAAGACGACUGACAACAAUGCCGGAGGAUCAGGCAAGCCGGUCAAGAUCACAGAGAAAAAGUCCAAGAGGAUAAAAUUCUUCAAGUGUUCACUCCUCUAGGCUGCUCAUCUCUAGAGUUCACGGCUCUACCGUGACUUUUCUGGCUCCAGCCUUCCGGGCGUCCUCCCAGCAGCAACAGCAGUGGUAAUAUUCAGAGUUCCUUAUUGCCAGCUGAAGCUCACAGGUUCACAGGUGGUUGGAAUGCCAUCCUAAUCUGCUGCUGACCAAAGGAGGAUCAAUAAGGAAUGAGGCCUGAUAUGCUGUUUAUCCUCUCAUGCAAAAAGACCUGUGCGUGAUCGUCAGAAUUGGUUUGUAGCUGGCCUUACAGAGUCUGCUCACAGGAGGCAGUGAUUCUGUUGGCAUUUAUAAUACCUCUGUUGGAUGUCCUGAAAAUAGACUUUAUUUAAUAUGAUAAAGUUCCACAUAGUUGUCUUAUAAAUGGGGGAAAAAAAGGAAAAUGCAGAUUCUUUCAUAAAUUGUAGCAUUGUUUUAUACACACUAUCUACUAUCAUAUUUACCGAUGUGGUGCUGUCAGAUGGACAUAUCACAUCUCAGCAUUGAUUGUACUUGUUUGUGAAAAUUCAUGUAUAUUAUUAUGCCUAUAGUCUCCUGUUGCACUGGCACUAUUUCUAUUUGUUCAUGCGUGCCUCGAUGGAGUCACACUAUUGUGAUAGAAAAGACAAAAAUAUGUAUAAAUAUAACCUACUGUCUUUUUAAGGAAACCUUCAUUUAAACAGGUUUCUGUGUCAAAAUGAAACUGUGAAAGGUGGUUUGUUUCUUAGGAGCUGUACCUAACUUCAUAUUGUUAUGCCAUUGUCAGUA